AUGAACACCGCAGCACCCGCUAACAUGUGGCAUCCUGACAGCAAGACCGUAGUCGAGGCCACGGAGGUCACCAUGGAAGCUCGCGAGUAUCUCGCUAGAGUGCUGCGCAGCAAGUUUCCAUACAUGCCUGACGUCGCCCUCAACGGCAUUCUCUACAAGACUUGCCAGUCUCUCCGCAAGGGAAUUAUCGCUCGGUGCGUUGCCCAGAAACACAAUUUAGAUGUGCCCAGACUGCUGAUACCCUGCUAGUGACUACGAAAUGACCUCCGCAAAAGAGCGCACCGACUUCUUCAGGCUCAGCGAGAAAUUACGCAAGAAGAUCUACGAGCUUGCGCUGGGCACUGACGCCGGACCCCAAGAGGUGGUUGUUUGCGAUACUCCCUACCAAAUGGCUGUAGCCAGCUUCCACGCUCGCAUUGCGCGCCAUGCUUACGCCACUGCUGCCACACCAUCUGCACCUGCUGCACCUGCUGCACCUGCGACCUCGUUGUCUAUCGAACUGGCCAAGGAGGUACGCCAAAGCGUCAUCGGCCCGGACCUACUCCGCGUGAACAGAGCAGUCCGCAUGGAGACUAUGCCCAUGCAUUACGCCAACAGGACUUUCAUCGCAUACUUCUCUCUGGCCGAAGGACCAGAGACGCAGGUCAAAGUAAUUAAGCAGUGGCUUCGAGCGAUUGGACCAAGUUAUGCUGCUCUGAUCAAGAGGCUGGUCUUGAGGUGAGUUGUAUUCUGCAGCAAACAAGGCUUCUUGGUAAUUUGUCUAAGAAACAUCAUGUAGAUUCCACGCUACCUCCUCCGAACUCAAGACCUACAUCAACGAUCACAAAGGCGCACGACGUUCGACCUCAUCACUCGACUCACCUGUAGUCUCCGAAAGCAAACUCGAUACCGUUCGUCGAAGCGUUUCGCGUCUCCUCCAUUCCACCGCAUCCCGGCUCAACGAUGACGACGUCGUGGUGGUGGGAAAGCAGUCAGAAAAAGUGUUGAAGGGCAAUGUUGUGAGGGUCAUGGGAUUGGAUGGACUUGGAGUCUACAUCCACGCUUUCAAGAUCCAGUACUAUAGUAGUCUCAACUCCACUGGCAUUGGUGCGGUCGGCGGCGGCUCGAUGAGGUCUUGGGAGGAGAUGAGCUGGGAGGGACUUUGA